UACUACAAUAAUAUUGCUGCCCGCUACAACUGUCUCCAUAACAUUGAAUUUAAAUUUGUAUUUUACGUUGAUUCAUUAUAUUGUUCAAGCCUCAAAAGUUUGCCAUUUUGAAAUAUCAGUUUGUAAGUCUGUCGUGCUGUCGUGAUAUUCGAUAAGGUCUAUGGUUUACAUGAAUAUUAAAUACGCGAUGUCGAUGUGCCAUUUAGUCAAGGGUUUCCCUUCUCAUUUAACUUAAAGUGAUGAUAUAAUAUUUGACAUGAUUUCACAUAAAAUGUAAGAAUGUAACGUUUUAGCUAUCAAUGCAUUAUACAUGUUUAAUUAUCUUAAUUACCGAUUUUCCAUAUUAUCGACUAUAACGUAUUAACUUUAAACGAUCUGUUUCGACUGAGUGAUUGCUGGUAGAUUUUUGUUUUGGCGUUACUGUCAGUUUCUGAGUAAACGUCUUUUAAAGACAGACUGAUGCUUUUCGAGAUGGCACUGACGACGAUUGAUCAGCAAAACAUGACGUUCAAUCCGGCCAAAUUGCAUUCUUCAAUUAAGAUACCGUUCCCGAAAUCGUCAUCGAUCGAAAGCGAAUAUUUUGUAUAUCAUCAGGCCGAUCUGUUCUCUCAGAGUUUUUCGGCCAUUGAGGGCAUACGUCGUAUGGGAAAACUAUGCGAUGUCACGUUGAAAGUAGAAAAUAUGUCGUUUAGUGCCCAUCGUGUAGUGUUAGCCGCCACAGUACCGUAUUUUAAUGCUAUGUUUACACACAACAUGAUUGAAAGUACCCAAAAAGAUAUUGUGAUGCAUGGAAUUGAUCCUGAAGCAUUAGAAGCCUUGAUUAAUUUUGCAUACAGUGGUCGAAUAUCAAUAAAUGUUAAUAAUGUUCAGUCUCUAUUAAUUGGAGCCUCAUUUUUGCAAUUGAAAUGGGUGCGAAAUGCAUGUGCGACAUUCAUUAAAGAAAGGUUUCAUCAAAAUAAUGUUUUAAAAGUACGUACAUUAGCUGAUUCAUUAGGGUGUUAUGGCUUAAUGACUGAUGCUAAUAGAUAUAUAGCUCAGUAUUUUCCUGAUAUAUCAUUGUCUGAGGAUUUCUUAAAUCUCAAUAUUUCUGAAAUAAUAGAUAUAGUCAAUAAAGAUGAAUUACAAGCAUCUGAAGAACAGGUAUUCGAAGCAACUAUUCGCUGGGUGAAACAAGAAGAAUCGAGACAAGAUUGUUUUCCUCAAUUGCUUGCUGCUGUAAGAUUGCCAUUACUUUCACCUCAUUACUUGGCUGAUCGAGUUGCUACCGAAGAAUUAAUUAGAUCAUCUCAUGAAUGCAGAGAUCUAUUAGAUGAAGCUAAAGACUACCAUUUAAUGCCCGAAAGACGACUUUUGUUACAAAGCUUUCGCACUAGACCUCGCUGUGUCAGUUAUAUUUGUGGACACAUAUAUGCAGUUGGUGGACUUACAAAAUCAGGUGAUUCAUUAAGUACUGUAGAAGUUUAUAAUCCCUUGACUGAACGGUGGGAGCUUGCAGAAGCCAUGAGCAUAUUACGUAGUAGAGUUGGAGUAGCGGUACUAAGUAACAAAUUGUAUGCGUUUGGAGGCUAUAAUGGAAUUGAAAGAUUAUCUUCAGUAGAAGUAUUUGAUCCUACAACAAAAUCUUGGAAUAUAGUUUCACCAAUGCAUCGUAAGCGCAGUGCCCUUGGAGCAGCUGCUUUAAAUGAUCGAUUAUAUGUGUGUGGAGGAUUUGAUGGAGUUAGUUCAUUAAAUAUUGUUGAAUGUUAUCAGCCCGAUUUAGAUCGCUGGACAAUCAUUACACCAAUGCAAAAACAUCGAAGUGCUGGUGGCGUUGUCGCAUUUGAUGGUUAUAUUUAUAUUCUUGGAGGUCAUGAUGGUCUAAGUAUUUUUGACUCAGUUGAACGGUAUGAUACAUAUACAGGUCAAUGGCUAUCUGUAACACCUAUGUUAAUGAAACGUUGUCGCUUAGGAGUGGCCACAUUGAAUGGUAAACUUUAUGCAUGUGGUGGAUAUGAUGGAUCAACGUUUUUACAAACUGUUGAAGAAUAUGAUCCUCAGACUGACAAGUGGAGAUUUGUGGCUUCGAUGAAUGUAACAAGGAGUCGUGUGGCAUUGGUAGCCAAUGCCGGAAAAUUGUGGGCCAUUGGUGGAUAUGAUGGAUUUUUGAAUCUGCCCACUGUUGAAGUGUAUGACCCAAAAGCUGAUUGUUGGACGUUUGCCGCUUCCAUGUGUGCCCAUGAAGGAGGAGUUGGAGUUGGUGUCAUACCCAUUCAAGAACCCGAAGUUCCAUGAAUAUUCCAUGUACUGUGAUUAAUAUAAUAAUAACAUUAUUACUAUCUAUAAUAUCCCAAUGUAAGCGGUAGGAUAGGUAGCAUAAUAUUAUGUUAUUUGUAAAAAUGAAAACAAUCUUGUACAUCAUAUUAUAUAUUAUGUUGACCAAUCAUUCUUGUGACAUUUUGGAAGACAAUAUCACUGUGUUAACUAUUUAAUUGUUAAUUAAACACUCAUUCCAAAUAGGGUACCAGGUGAUAUCAUGAAAAUAUUUGUAUUCAGUCCUUUAACAUACACGUUAAAAAAAAAAAUUGUUCUGCUCAGCUCCGUGUAUUGUAUGACCUUUGAAAUAUUUAAAAUUUUACCAUUGUUUGCCAGCAAUUCAAUAUUGCUUUUUAUUUGUUUUAUUCGAUGAAACCUUGUAUAGAAUAUAGGUUUUUAUCCUGUGAUAUAUUUCUGUUUUAUUUAGCUCCUAUAGGUAUUAUUGUGUUGCCCACUUUUUGAUAUAAAAUUGCUAAAAUGAAAAAAGCAUAUGUGGCGUAUUGUUGUAACCAGAGAUUAUUUUACAAUAUCAAAUCAAACACUAUAUUUAUGUAUACUGUAUAAAAGUACUUAAUAUUGUUGUUGAAUUUAUAUAAAUAAUUUUAAGUUAAAUCAAAACAAAUUUUUCUAACAUAAUACCAUAAAACUUGUUACUCUAUAACUGUUGUUUUGUUUAAAAAUGUAUUACACAAUGACUAUUAUUAUAGAUAUACCUAAUACAUGUUUUAAACUCGUGCCACAAUGUCGGUUUGUUUUUAUU